UUGUGUGUUAAUGUCUUAUUUAUUUGCUGCUGACAACUUAGUAUUUAAUCAGUAUUAAAUUUCAAAAUAAAAGCCUUACUGUUAUUUGAGAAUACAGAAGUAAAAGAAGAGCAGGAACCUGUUUUCUUUUCACAGUGCAGUGUGUAUUGAUGCCAUUGCUGCCAAAAAGAGAUAUGAUACCUCUUUUUUCUUAAAGUGGAAGUUUGAAUACACAAGUACAUUACAGGUAUGCAUAAUAAUAAAUCUACAUUCAAUAUUGUGUAUUUUUACUUCUUUCUUUUUAUGUCUGAGUAUUCAAACGUAACUACAUAGAAUAGGUUUACUGUAUCUGCAUACCUGCUCCUAUCAGCAGGUGGCCUGAAGAACAGAGCGCUGGGAUUGGCCCAACCAACUUGAUCAUAUGACCUAAAGCAACAGGCUGGAAACACUGGGGCUGGAAAACACAGUGAAGUCAAGCUAGAUGCAGGCAGGUAGGACACAACCGGAAAUCAAAGGAUUUCUCUUUUUAACACGACAAAUGUGUGCGUUUCCUGCAUUUGCAUACAAUCACUGGUAUUUGUCUUCCUCCUCAUAGUGAAUUACUCUGACUGACUUGACUCCAGACAGACUCUGGUGCCAUGGAUAAUUUUUCCCGCCAAUUAUUAAAUCCGAUUCAUAUGUAAGCCUAAAGCAGGACAGUCUAAUUAACGUCUACUCUAAACUCCUGUUGAAAAACGCGAUUUAUUUCCACUUUGCCUCGUAGUAUUUGUUACAAACGUUGUGCCAGCUUGUCAACAGCUUUUAUACUGAAAGUCAUAACCGGAAGUUGUGCUAGUGAUUGAGGUGAAUUGUCGUUCAGCAUCACAUGAUAAUCUAUUCAGUAGUUUACUAGGAGAUUAUCCGGAGGUACAGUGUUUAGUGAGGAGUUGUAACCUUUUUUCUUUAAAUAGUGCGUGUCAGGACAGUUCGUUUUGAUGCGUAGCUUCACUGCGCUGCUUUCUUCUUGAUAGCGAAAGCACUUCUUUCCUACUCUGCUAUGUAGCUAGGCAGCCAGGCAGUCGGUGUCCAGGACGCGCCACUAACUUCCGAGAGAAACACUGGAAACAUUUGUAACGUCUCGGAGAAAGUCGGCGGACCAGACAGUCCAAAGCUGGAGUGACAGCUCGCUCUGACAUUUUUCAGAGCUCUCUCUAUGAAGUUGUGAAGCUUUGUGCCGAGGCAGGUUUCCACUAUGACAGAGCGGACUCCUCUUCUCCACUACCGCCUCUCCACCAGCGUCAAUGAAUCCGAGUCGCGUUCACCUCCGGCCGGGGAGACCCCGGAGCAGCAUCCGAGCAGCCCCAGGCAGAGGUCCACCCAUCAGCGGCAGCCGAAGAAACUCUCCAUUUUCUUCGGUGUAGUCAUCCCUACCUUGCUGUCAAUGUUCAGCGUGGUAGUGUUUCUCCGAAUAGGCUUUGUGGUGGGAUACUCUGGACUUUACCAAGCUAUUGCCAUGUUCCUGGUGGCCUACUUCAUCAUCAGCAUGACCGUGCUGUCAGUCUGUGCCAUCUCCACCAACGGAGCCCUGGAUGCCGGGGGAGCCUAUUACAUGAUCAGUCGAGCUCUGGGGCCAGAAUUUGGAGGCAGUAUCGGCAUCAUGUUCUUUCUGGCCAAUGUGUGUGGCUGCGCUCUCUUUGUGCUGGGUCUGGUUGAAGCCAUUGUGGCCACCUUUGGAGUGCCAGAAGACGGGACUGUGGCCACAUCUGCCUACCAGGUCCUGCCGUCAGGCUACUGGUGGUCUCUGCUUUAUGGCACAGCCAUCGCCCUGCUGUGCCUGCUGGUGUGCCUGGUGGGAGCUCACAUCUACGCCAAAGCCACCUUCCUCAUCUUCCUUGUGGUCAUGUUUGUUCUGGGAACCAUCUUCAUCAGUUUUUUUGCCGUACACCCUCACACCAUCGUCCUGCCAAGGUUUUCCAAUCCAACUGCCAAUGGAACGGGCCCCACAUUUCCCACCACAGCCAACUUCACCGGCUUCAAAUUGGACACGCUGCUUGGGAACCUGUGGGCUGAUUACACCCUUGAUUACACAACUGGAAAUAUGAUGACCUUUGCCACCGUCUUCGCUGUUAUGUUUAAUGGCUGCACAGGAAUCAUGGCUGGCUCCAACAUGUCAGGUGAAUUGAAGAAUCCUAGCUACUCCAUUCCCCGCGGCACCAUCACAGCCGUCAUCUUCACCUUCAUCAUCUACAAUCUGCUUUGCGUACUAGUGGCCUGCUCCUGUGACCGUGUGCUGCUUCAGAGGGAUUACAGUUUCCUGAGAGAAAUCAACAUCUGGCACCCAUUUGUCACCAUCGGGGUUUACUCCUCCACUCUCUCCGCUGCCAUGAGCAACCUCAUCGGAGCCUCACGCAUCCUCUACGCCCUGGCCAGGGACGACUUGUUUGGUAAGGCUCUGUCUCCGGCCAAGAAGACAUCCCACAGUGGUAACCCCUGGGUCUCCGUAAUCAUCUCCUGGUUCCUCGUGCAGCUCGUGCUGUUUUCAGGGAAGCUCAACACCAUCGCCAGUAUUGUGACCAUUUUCUUCCUGUUGGUGUACGCAGCCGUGGACUUGGCCUGCCUGGCUCUGGAAUGGGCCUCUGCACCUAAUUUCAGGCCCACCUUCCGCUACUUCACCUGGCAUACAUGCGUGUUGGGCAUCGUGGGUUGCGCUGUCAUGAUGUUCCUGAUCAACGCUAUCUACGCCUCGGCCAGCAUCGCCUUCAUGCUGCUGCUGCUUCUGCUGAUUCACUACCUGAGUCCCACCUCCAGCUGGGGCUACAUCAGCCAGGCUCUUAUUUUCCACCAGGUGCGUAAGUACUUGUUAAUGCUGGACGUGAGGAAGGACCACGUCAAGUUCUGGAGGCCUCAAGUCCUGCUGAUGGUUUCCAACCCUCGAAGCAGUGUGGGCCUCAUCACCUUCAUCAAUGACAUCAAGAAGAGCGGCCUCUACGUGCUGGGACACGUCCAGCUCGGAGAUCUCAGUACUUUACCGUCCGACCCUCUGCAGUCCCAAUAUGACUCCUGGUUGUCUCUGGUUGACCAUCUAAACAUUAAAGCUUUCGUCAACUUGACAUUGGCAGAUUCUGUGCGUCAUGGGAUCCAACAUCUCCUCUUCAUUUCUGGACUUGGUGGGAUGCGUCCUAACACCCUCGUCCUCGGUUUUUAUGACAACUGUCUGCCAAAGGACAAGCUGAUUGAUCCAUCACUGUCUACCAUCCAGUGCACUGAUUCUGGCCCCUCGCAGGACCUUGAGCAACAAUCCCCGCUCUUUCACUUUGCCUCCCUGCGAGGAUCCAGCGACAGACAGGAUUACGGUGAAUUUGGGGAUGGGAAGGUUCUAGGACCUCAGGAGUAUGUAGCGAUCAUUGCUGACGCCAUGAAGAUGCUAAAGAAUGUGGUGCUUGCCCGAUACUUCAACAACUUUGACCGGGGCCAGGUCCUCUCGUCGCCCACCUUCUCUCUAGGGAAGGGAUCUGUGUACGUUGAUGUCUGGCCGGUCAACCUCUUGCGUCCAGACAGCAGUAGCUACGUCGAUACCUGCUCUCUGUUCCUGCUACAGCUUGCGUGUAUCCUAAACAUGGUGAGGGCCUGGCGUAACGCUACGCUCCGUCUCUUCUUGUGUGUGGAGGAAGGACGAAGCGUGAGAGGCUCGGAGGAGAAGCUGGGCCAGCUGUUGAAAGAGUUGAGAAUUAAAGCUCAGGUCUAUCCUGUGCCCUGGGACCAGCAGGUGGCGCUACACUGGCAGCGCCAAGGAGAGUGGAGCAAGAAGUACUCAUCACAAUCCCCUGAUGCCACUACAGAAGAGAAUAAGCCACGAGCAGAUGAGGAAGAGGACGAAGAUUAUGUUAAUAGCUUCCCGAGCAACGCCACGCGACUGUCCGACGACUACCUGUCAGCUGUCAAUAAGCUGAUCCUGGCCGCGGCCCAGCCUGCCCCUGCUGUGCGUUUCCUGUACUUGCCCCGUCCCCCAGCUGACAUCCGCCGCUACACCACCUACUUACACCAGCUGGAGCUGCUGACCCAGGACCUGGGCCCCACGCUGCUCAUCCACGGCGUCACGCCUGUCAUCACCACUGACCUUUGAACAGUCCCUUUCCUUUAAGUGCUGGUGUCCCCACCAGCUGCUGAAGGUUCCCCCUGAAGCCGUGUUGACCACUUUUACUGCAGCAUCACUGCAGACCUCCAUCGUGACCUCUCCACCCAACAAAGGAAAAGAACACAGCCCUUGAAAUUUGACACAGACAGGGACGUCAUUGCUGACUCAUUGGUACCAUCUGCACUGCCUUGCACAAUUUUGGGGAACAUUGUCUCUGGAGAUGCAGCCUGUUUUUAGAAUAUUUAAGACCUGAUCUUAUAUUGGCCACUUGGAUUCCAAAAAAAUCCUGACUGUCUACAUGUUUAACCCUUUUUUUCUUUUUCUUGUGUUUCUUGUCAACUUGUAGUUCUGGUAUUCCAUCAAGAUCCUGAAGGCACCACGGCGUAAAACUUUUAGCUCAGCCUCACAAUUUCAGCAUGAAACAAUCACUGAGGUUGAAUGUACCAAAGUGAACUCAUCACCUUUUCAGUACAACCUGCCAAGCGUGCCUGUCAAACACAGUAUCAAACAGAAUGUAUUGUUCUUUUUGAUCAUUUGUACCCAUGUUAUAAUACCCAACAACGCUCCACGAGCUGACAACACACAGGGCAUAAUGUAGCUUGCCUCUGUCACUCCAUCAGCUAUUUCUUCCUCCAUACAGUAUCUACAGUAGAGAGAGCGGGCCAAUCACUGAUAACAUUCCAAACUGAAUUGGCAGGAUCCUCAGCUUCCCCUUGUUCCUUCUUUAAAAUGUUUUCUUGGUGUACUGCUGCUCAAAUAUCUUAAAAUGAUCAUUCCAUAUGCCGUGAGAUCAAAAAGUGCCUCUCUAGUUUGGGCUUGGACUCAUUCCAUCACAGACAGGAAGCUGGACUGCGUUACACCUUGGAGCAGUCGUGCAGGAAAUCUGCUUUUCCAUUUUAGGAGCUUACAACAAAGGAAACAUUUGAACAAUAAUAUCUGAGGUGCUACUAUGAAAGUCUUCAGAGUUUGAUUCCAUAAAUCAUUUUUGGUGGGAUCUCUUAAGGCGUUCCUCUACUUUAUAAAUGCACUUUUGUUCUUUCUGCCAAGCCGCAAGUUGUGCAUUCCUUAAACAAGUUUACAGUGCCAUUAACUUCUGUGAUGAUCCACAAGGUUUUAUUGAUUGUUUUUAUGUGUUUUAGGUACUUUUAGAAUCCUUUUUACUUACUUGUGACCAAAUUGUUUGACCGUCAUCAAUACUGAAGUGCCUAUAUGAAUUUCAAUAUUCGUCCAACUCGACAGUCAGCCUUUACCCAAAGUAUUUGUAACAUUUAAAGUGAAGCUGUGUAACUUUUGCUGAAUAGUGACCCUUUACUGGAAAUAUUUUAACAUAUAGUGUUCAAGAAGAGAAGGGAGCUGACUGAGUGUACAGCAGUAUCCAUCUACAUAAAGUAUCCAAACAUUAGCCUCUGAAAGCUGCUGGUCAUACAAGACCAAGCACUGUGCAACUGUAACAACCCCAGAGUGUUUUUAUUUGAGAAAAGGUACGUUAUAUUGCUUAUAAAUUCAACUUCUAGUCCUCAUUGUAUUACAGUGUUGUUUUUAUUCUUUGACACAGAUCGAUGUCAGCUGCAGGUUUAUUGUAAAAAUGAAUCGAAACGGUUAGCAUCUUUGAAUUUUGAGUCUCUGAAUUUUCCAGAAGUCAUUUCUUUCAGUUUGAUAUUUUCAUCCUGACAGUCAUCAACAUGCUGACUUUAAUACUGCAGGGUUCAGAUCCUGAUUUGAAGAAACUCUGGUAUUUGGAUUUGGACUUUUCUUGAUAUCCCUGUGUUUGAAGUGAGAUAUAUGUUUACUUGUGGACCAAUUGGACCCGUCCUAUUUCCAUGGAUGGGUUCUUGUUUGGACACUACACUCCUCAACAAACCAUUGACACUACACUUCUUCAGAUCUUUGUGUUGGAUUUGCUCUCAUGGGUGUGCAAAAAAAAAAAAAAGAAAUUCCACAGGACACACUCGUUUGUUGAAGAGAUGAAAUGUUAAGUGUUUGAUUUCCUGUUGAAAUCUGAAAAAAAUAUAUGUAUCCUUUACAAGAUCUACACUGAAAUGACUGCAAUAAAAGAAGUUUGUAUUACA